CACAUGGAGGUAUCCCGCAAGGAAUGCAGUAACGGCACUGCGCUUAAGAAUGACAACACCAAGCAUCUUCCAAAGGUCCCGCAUCUAGCACUCCAGAAGUUGCAGCACUCUCCGUACAGCUGCGCAGAGUGCGGCACAGACUGUCGCACCAAGACGCAGUUGGCACUACACCUGGUCACGCUGAGGCACAAACUCAGGAGCCAGUGGAGGUUCCAAUGUGACGCUUGCAAGAGGAAAUUCUUAGACAAAAAGGGAGUAGCGGAGCACAUCCAGAGAGAACAUUUCGCCAAGCAAGCAAACAAGUGUCCCCUGUGCGAGGCCACAUUCCACAGCGCCCGUGCGUUUGUGAAGCACGCCGCUACACACAUCGUGGACACACAGACAGACACAAGCACGCAAGAGACGCGCAAGCCACGCGCACGCAAGGGGACAGACACAAGCGAGUCUACAGGAGCGUCCCACAGCGCUCGUGCGGUCCUCAAGCAUACCGCGCACGCGCCAGAGACGCGCAAGCCACGCGCAAACACGCAAACGACACGCAAGCGACGCUCACGCAAGCAAGCGACGCGCAAGCCACGCGCACGCAAGGGAACAGACACAGGAACAACACCAGUUCCCCAAAACGUCUUAGAAACAGCUAAUGUAACCACAGAAGCGCUUAACGGGAGGAAACUUAUAGACACAGAGGAGACAACCAUCCCCAACGGAUCCACGAAAAGGACAAGAAAAAUACAAUCGACACGGCCACGCAAGCAAACACGCAAGACACACGCAAACGGCGCGCGGAAGACACGCAAGCGACGCAACCAGCUUGUGCAAGACUGGGACACAUACUCAAAAGCGCAAGAGACUUUAAAACGAACAAAAUUGACUCAUCCACGCAAGAAACUCGCACAGAACUAUAACACAAAUAUGGAUAUGCAAGGGACACAGCAACGCAAGUAUUUCGCAGACAACUGUGACAUAUACUCUAACUUGCAAUACACUCAAUUUCACAAGCAACUUGCUCACAAUGCCGACACAUACACAAACGCGCAGACAUAUCCGCGCAAGGAAUGUGAACACAAUUAUGGCAUAUACACUUACGCCCAAGAUACCCAACUACUCAAUACACCUAAGUACACACACGAUAUGCAAGACACACAGAACGAAGAACACCCAUACUCACAGCGCACUACGCAAGUACGCAAGGGAACGCAAACUGUAGCGGAACUACGCAAGAUGUUAAAAAGAAAAUUAGAAACGAGAAUAGAAGAUGAUGAUCAAAGGCAUACUUAUUUUGCUGGGGAGCCAGACUCGUACUACCCUCCAAAUAAUGGUCCGGUGAAAAAAUAUUUCAUAAAUAAAUAAUAAUGGCGGUGUGGUAACGGUAAGAGUCCCCCCUCCCCCACACACCUAGCGUCUCGCAAGCGU